CAGAAUAAAAACAGCAACACUAGACAUAAGGGGAGAAAAAAGUGAAAUGAUCCAUUGAACUGAAAGUCUUUGCCCCCCUCUCUAUAAUUACGUCGCGUCCAGUGUCCUUUUUUUAACUCAUUUUUUUCUUGCUUUUAUCAUUUUUUCAAGCACUUUUAUGAAGUGGUAAUUAGCUUUGCGGAGGAUAAAGCCAGCUGAUUUGGACACGGCUGGGGCAUUUUGGAGUGCGAUGGCUAACAGGACGGUUCUAUCACUCCUUCUCGGAUUCCUCCUCCUCACUCUGUUGCAGCCCUCGCUACAAGGAGGUGUCUAUGUCCCAGCAGGGGGUAUCGGGGCAGUUCCAGGUGCAGGGGGCAUCGGAGGGGUUCCUGGAGCAGGUGGUGUUUACCCAGGAGCUGGAGGAUACAAACCACCGAAACCUGCUGCUGGAGCUGGUGGCCUGUACCCAGGGGGUGUAGCACCAGGUGGAGUGGGAGCGGGAGGCCUUGGAGGAGCUGGUGGAAAACCACCUAAGCCAGGCUAUGGUGGCUAUGGUGGAUAUGGUGCUGGGGGAGUGGGCUCAGGCGGUCUUGGAGCUGGAGGACUUGGGGCAGGAGCUGGUGGGAAGCCACCUAAGCCAGGUUAUGGUGGCGUUGUUCCUGGGGCUGGUGGAGUUCUGCCAGGGGCAGGAGUAGGAGUUGGAGGACUUGGAGCAGGUGGAAAACCACCUAAACCAGGUUAUGGAGGAGUUGUCCCUGGUGCUGGUGGAGUUGUCCCAGGGGCAGGAUAUGGAGUUGGAGGACUCGGAGCAGGAGCUGGCGGAAAGCCACCUAAGCCUGGUUAUGGUGGCGUUGUUCCUGGUGCUGGAGGACUUGUUCCAGGUGCCGGAUUAGGAGUUGGUGGACUUGGAGCAGGAGCUGGAGGAAAGCCACCCAAGCCAGGCUAUGGUGGAGUUGUUCCUGGCGCUGGAGGACUUGUUCCAGGAGCAGGAUAUGGAGGACUUGGAGCAGGAGCUGGUGGAAAACCACCUAAGCCAGGUUAUGGUGGCGUUGUUCCUGGUGCUGGAGGACUUGUUCCAGGUGCUGGAUUAGGUGUUGGAGGACUUGGAGCAGGAGCUGGCGGAAAACCACCCAAGCCAGGUUAUGGUGGCGUUGUUCCUGGGGCUGGAGGACUUGUUCCAGGUGCAGGAUAUGGAGCAGGAGGACUUGGAGCAGGCGCUGGAGGAAAGCCUCCUAAACCAGGCUAUGGUGGUGUUGGUGGAGCAGGUCUUGGUGGCUACGGGGGUGCUGGAGGCCUGGUUCCAGGAGCAGGCUUAGGGGCCGGAGGCCUUGGAGCAGGAGCAGGUGGGAAGCCCCCUAAACCAGGCUACGGAGGAGCUGGUGGUGGAUUGCUGCCAGGUGUCGGGGCUGGUGGUGCUGGACUCGGGGGAGCAGGUCUGGGAGCAGGUGGAAAGCCUCCUAAGCCAGGCUACGGUGGAUACGGCGGUCUUGGGGCUGGAGGACUAGGAGCUGGAGGUCUUGGAGCUGGAGGUCUCGGAGCAGGAGGAGCCAGUGGCAAGCCUCCCAAACCAGGAUACGGGGGUGCCGGUGGCCUGGUUCCAGGUGGUGUCGGAGGAGCGGGCCUGGGAGGUGGUGGAGCAGGACUCGGACUCGGCGGAGCAGGAGCCGGUGGGAAACCGCCUAAGCCAGGUUAUGGAGGAGGUCUGGGACUUGGAGGAGGCUACAGGCCUGGAGGUGGUUAUGGGGGAUAUGGUGGCUAUGGAGGAUAUAACCCAUAUGGAGGCUUCUUACCAGGAGCCGGAGGAGCUGGGGUUCUACCAGGCGGAGGACUCGUCCCUGGAGCAGGAGCGAAAGGAGGUGUGAAACCAGGAAAGGGAGGUCCAGGCGCCGGGGGAACUGCCACAGGGCCAGGUAGCGGGGGAGCGGGAACAGGAGGAGUUCCUGUCAUACCACAGACCGGGCUGCCCGGGGGAGGAGCAGGGGGCAAGCCUGCCAAGGCGCCCAAGAGUAUACCGGGUGUUGGAGUGCCGGGUCCUUACCAAGGCGGUGUUGCACCAGGACAAGGGUACGGAGUGCUUCCUGGGGUUGCAACAGGCACCGGACUGAACCCAAAAUCUGGUGGGGCUGGACAAGUAGGACCAGGGGCAGGUGGCCGUGGUUUUGGCGGCCCGCUGCAACCUGGUGUAUUUCAUGGAUAUCCGCUGAAGUCUCCCAAAGCUCCAGGUGCUGGUGGCUACGCUGGUGGCAAGCUGCCAUAUGGAUAUGGAGGAUUUGGGGGUGGUGGUGGUGCAGGGACCAAGCCUGGGUACCCUACAGGAACUGGAGUUGGCACCUUGGGUGCCGCAGGGUCCAAAGCUGCUAAAUACGGUGCUGCUGGGGCUGGUGGUGCUGGGCUGGGUGGAGCAGGUGGCUACCUCGGCCAAGGCGGCGUGGUGCCCGGUGCGGGCGGUGUGGUGCCAGGAGCGGGUGGUGCUGGUGUUUACCCUGGCGCUGGAGGCUAUGGAGCUGGUUCAAAAGCUGCUAAAUAUGGUGGUGCUGGUGUCGUCCCGGGUGGAGCCGGAGUGGUGGGAGGAACAGGCGGAAUACCCGGAACUGGAUAUGUACCUGGAGCUGGAGCAGGAGGAUACCCAGGAGGAGUGAAGCCUCCUAAAUACUAUGGUGGUGCUGGUCUUGUACCUGGUGGUGCUGGCCUUGUGCCAGGUGGAGCUGGUGUGGUGGGUGGAACAGGAGGCAUCCCAGGAGUAGCACCAGGGGCUGGAGGAGCUUAUCCAGGUGGUGUGAAGCCCCCUAAAUAUGGAGUGGCAGGUGGUGCUGGGGGUGUUCCUGGAGGAGGUUAUGGUGUACCCGGCGCAGUGCCAGGUCUGGUACCGGGAGCAGGAGCUGUUCCUGGAGCUGGGGCAUAUGCUGCAUCCAAAGCCGCAAAAUACGGUGCUGCUGCUGGGGCUGGAGGGGUCCCUGGUGGCUACGGCGUGCCAAGAGCCGUGCCAGGCGUGGUACCAGGAGCUGGCUACGGAGGACUCGGAGGCUAUGGCGCCGGAGCAGGAGCUAAACCACCUAAGUAUGGUGUGGCCGGAGGGGCUGGCGGAGCGGGACUUGUCCCGGGGGCCGGUGGUGUGGCUGGCCUGGGAGGAGUGCCGGGAGCCGGGGCUGGAGGUUAUAAUCCAGCUGCUGCUGCUGCAGCAGCCAAAGCUGCUAAAUAUGGCCAAGGUGCAGUAGCCGGAGGGGCUGGGGUAGUUCCAGGGGCCGGCUAUGGAGUGCCCGGUAGAGGAUAUGGAGUACCUCAAGCAGGCUAUGGAGGCUAUGGAGCUGGAGCUAAACCACCCAAAUAUGGUGUUCAAGGUGGUGUAGGGACUGUCCCAGGAGCAGGAGCCGGUGUGGUGGGGGGUGCAGGAGCCGUACCGGGAGCUGGAGCUGGAGGGUAUGCAGCCAGUAAAGCAGCCAAAUACGGUGUCCCAGGAGCCGGAGUUGGAGGACUCGGCGUAGGAGGAGCCGGAGCUGGAACUGGGGCUGGAGUAGUGCCAGGAGCAGGAGGGUAUGCAGCCAGUAAAGCAGCCAAAUACGGUGUCCCAGGAGCCGGAGUUGGAGGACUCGGCGUAGGAGGAGCCGGAGCUGGAACUGGGGCUGGAGUAGUGCCAGGAGCAGGAGGCUACCCUGGAGGUGUGAAACCACCAAAGUAUGGCGCAGUGCCGGGUGGUGUGGUAGUGCCAGGUGCGGGGGCAGGAACAGGUGUCGUCCCGGGGGCCGCCGUGGGAACAGUGCCAGGGGCAGGGCUGGGUGGGCAAAAAGGUGGUAAAGCUGCUAAAUAUGGAGUACCCACAGGUGCCGGUGUGACUGGCACAGGGGUACCAGGGGCCACAGCUGGCACCGGACUGGGCAUCAUACCCGCAGGGACCGGAGUACCACCUCUUCCCAUUAAACCUGCUAAGGAUCUACAACCUGCAGGAGCCACAGUGCCAGGACCAAGUGCUAAUGCCACAGCCGAGCUCGAGGUGGUCCCUGGACCCAGUGCUGGACCAGCCAUACAACCUGGAGUAGGCGCAGGUGUGAUCCAACCAAGUGCCGGGACAGGCGUAGUGGGAGCCGGAGUUCCAUCUGGUGCGGGAGCAGGUGUGCAGGCUGGACCUGGAGUUGGAACCCUCCCAGGUGCCAAGCCUCUUAAACCCCCAGCAGUUGGAGCUGGAACAGCGGGUGGACUCUACCCAGGAGGAUUAGGUGUGAAUCCAUAUGGUGCUGCUGGUAAACCACCGAAACCAGGCUAUGCUUUGGGAGCAGGUGGAUAUCCACAACACGGUGGAUAUCCACAACAAGGGGGAUAUCCACAACAAGGCUAUGGGGGAGCAGGUGGAUUACCACAGUAUGGUGGAUAUCCACAACAAGGUGCAUAUCCACAACAAGGUGGAUAUCCACAACAAGGUGGAGUUGCACCGGGUUAUGGCGGAGGAUACCCCCAACAGGCCUAUCCAGGAUAUGGAGGACUGUCUCCAGCACAAGCUAAAGCAGCCAAAUACGGAGCCCUGGGAGGAUUCUUGGGAGCCCGAGGUGCAGCCGGGUGCCAAGGCAAAUACUGUGGACGGAGGAGAAAGUAAACAAUCUCUUGAGACGUGAACUGACCUCAAGAAAACUAAUGGUGCUACUGCAUGAUCUAGAAUGUACAUUUGAUAUGAAGAAAAAAAGAGAUUAAAAUGUCCCCAGAAAUGUACAAAAGUUGCAGAGACAGUAGUAAACCAAACAGAAAAAAUAGACACUCGAACCCAUGUUGUUGCACACUUGACAAGUUCUUGAAAAGCACCAUGAAAACAGCUUUUUUUAAAAAAAAGAAAAACGUGAUUUUUGUGACACAAAAUUGUUUAUUUGUUGUUUUUUCCUUUUUCUUGAAUACUAUAUUUAAGAAUUUUAAAGCGUUUACCUUUGACACUUUGGAACUUUCAUGUGAGGUUCCGCUGACACCUUUUGAAAUCUUAUGGCCAGGCCCAAAGCUUAGUUGUUAUUUUGAGACCUAAAUUCUAGGCAUACCAGAGAGGUUGUCUCAUUGUGUAUGUUUGUGUAUGUAUGUUCCUGUGUGUGUGUGUGUGUGUGUGUGUGUGUGUGUGUGUGUGUGUGUGUGUGUGUGUGUGUGUGUGUGUGUGUGUGUGUGUGUGUGUGUGUGUGUGUGUGUGUGUGUGUACGUGUGUGUACGUGUGUGUACGUGUGUAUGUACGUGUGUGUACGUGUGUGUGCGUGCGUAUGCGCGUGUAUCCAUACAUGGUGAAAACAAUGCAGAAAGAUGUGUGUGUGCAUGCGUGUGUGAGGGUGUCUGUAUUUGUUUGUGUGUGUAUGCAUGCAAAGUACUGUAUGUGUGUUUGAAUAGCCUGACUCACCUCUAUAAACAAGCAUUCCCAUCAAAAGGAAUGGGCAAUGUGUGACAUCACAGCACAGACCAACCUUCCAUUGUAAUAUUCAAGGAAAGCCUCUGUGAGUGUGCAUGUAUGAAAUCCACACUUUUAACAUGCCAAAGUACUUACCAUACAUUGAAGGCCUGUAGAACUGCUGGUGAAUGGGCUUGUGUUGUCUGUGUUUGUCAAAGAGCUGUACUUGGCCCCAUAUUACCUACUAUGUGACAAGGCACUGCUACUCCUGGUCCUGGUACAGUUGAUAGCGGAUGGAUGUGUUUUGUCCAAAUAAAAUAAAACAAAACAAAAAAAUGUUUGGUCAUAGUGAGCUACGUAGACAUAGACUCUUGUCGUUGACACGGAACUAUGGCAACAGUCUCUUUUAAGCCAGCCUCACUGCCUUGUCAACGUUGUAAUAGCAUGAAGAGCUAUCUUAGCUCUGAUUAUGUUUUUGUAGGCAUGAAAUGAUAAUUGAGCAUUACACACACACACACACACACACACACACACACACACACACACACACACACACACACACACACACACACACACACACACACACACACACACAUAUGCAAAUCAUUGUUUAAUAAACUGGUGCUCUGCUGUUGAGUGGCUCUACGCCAAAUGUGACAAAACACCAAAUACUAAUCCAUGCAGAAGUGUUCUGGGAUAUGUACCAUGUAUGAAUGAUUUACUAAUAGGCUUUAAAGAAUAAACAAAAAAAAUAAUUAAGAUUCCCCAGUGUCAGGGGGAAAAGGUGCUUGUGUCGCUCGACCUAGAAUGUUUCAUUUAAGUCAUUCAGUAUCCAUGCAUACUUUGUUUUGUUUUUUUAUAUAUAUGAAUAUUAUUGUACUAUGUGUUAUUAGGCAACCAUUGCAUUUUGUUUUUGCACCAUGUUGAACUAGACUCAAGAGGAGAAACGCAGAACACAAGUUUCAGUUACAGUCUUGUUUUGUUUUAUUCUAGCUUCCAUUAGCUUUCAUAUAGUCACUGUGGAGAGUUUAUACUGUACAACAUUUUUUGUUCAAAAAACAAUAUUGUUUGUUUUUCUGUGUCUGUUUUGCCCCCUUGGAUAUUGUGACCAUGUGCAGUUGUGUAUAGCUGAAUUUCUGAGAUUAUCAUCAUUGUUAAACUUAAAUGUCAUGUUGUGUGAAGGUAAUUUCCCACAUUUUGGCAGGUGAAGUGACUGUUUUUUACACCCAACUUGAAAUAACCAAUCAGCUUUAGUGAUUUGUGCCCAGUGCUGUAUCUAAUUGAACUGCCUGUGAGCCCAUAGCAGUCGUCCCUUCCCACUGUGCCGUGGAAUUUACACUUUUUUUAUUUAAAGAGGGUUGUGGAGGCAUUGCACUUUUUCCACGACGCACAUUUUGACUAGUUUCCGGAAAUUCCGGCAUUUAAACUGCUUCAUAAAUAACUAAAUAAAAAAUAACAAAACAUUA